GUCGCCGAGUGCGUCAAGUGCGUCAAGGGCGAAGGAGGCACGAGUUGUUUCCUUUAACACUGGCCCAGCAGGAUCUUCCUCGUGUAUUACGGCACAGGAUUUGAUCAGAUUUGUGGCUGGUUCUGUGUCUGUGCCUGAAGCUGCUGCUGGUCAGUGUAAUGAGCCUGUCCAAGCCGCUGAGGUGUGCUGACCCAGAGACUCCUCACAGCAAUACGUAGUGAAGAAUGAAGCUGCUUGUGCUGCUGGCAUGCCUCAAAGUCUGCCUCUGCAUAGCUCUGGUACCUCCACAGAGUCUGUACAUUUCCAGUGUUAACUUCAGACAUGUGCUCCACUGGACUGCAGCUCCUGACUCUCCUCCAGGGCUUGAGUAUCAUGUUUUUAUCAGGUGUCCUAAAUCCCUGAAAAAGGUGGCCACCAGUCAAACGACUUGGGCUGCUCUCAAACUGGACUCCCAAGGCACUCACAGACUGUGUGUGCGGAGCUACUUCAACUUGACCUCGUCUCCUCCAUCCAAGGGCAUCUCUUUCACACCAUUCAUAAAUACCAGUAUAACAGCUCCAAAUGUGACCGUCUCUGGUUGUGGGACAUGUAUUCAGAUGAAUAUUUCUCUGCCUAAACCUGAUUACCAAUCUGGGCUCCUGGAUAUUCGGGAGAUUUACAAAGAUCUAAUGUUCAAUAUUUUACUGUGGAAGAAAGGGCAGGAGGCUUUGAGCAACACAACGACUAAGGACCAGACUAUGGUCAUACAUUACCUGUCUCCAGGAACAGAGUACUGUGUCCGGGUGCAGCCCCAUUACCUGGACAUCAUCUUCCAGCCUUCAUCAUGGACAUGUGCCUUCACCAGCCCAGCUCGCCCGUCAGCAUUUGCAGCUAUGGUCUCAUUGGCUGUUCUGAUGGUCUUCCUCCUCCUUGCUGUGGUCUUGGUGCUCUUUGGUCUACAGUACACCGGGAUCAUCUGCAAGCUCAGAGAAGCCAGGCCGCAUACACUCAUUACGAGUUUAAGGCAGCAUUCCCUUCUAAUGGUGGAGAAGAUGCUCCCAGAUCCCGUGUCGAUGCCCCUGUGGUCUGAAAAACUGCAGCACAGUCCCUGGUACCAGGAGGAGGACCAGGAAGACAACCAGGAAGACAACCAGGAGGAAGACCUGUACAUGGACCAAGGAACAGACUUGUCCUCAGAUUCCAGUUUAAGGAGUGACCAUAUGACAACAAGUAGCCAAUCAGCUGCAACUGUCACUGAUAACUCUGGGUAUCAAAGCAAUGCAAUGGAUCAGCAGAAUGAAGAAAAAGAACAGAUAAUAAAAUUGUACCAUCAGGUAGACAGGAGAUCACUGAACAGUAAAGAAGAGUUAGAAUGGCGUAAAGAGUUGGAGAGAGAUGAAGGCGUGAACCUGUUUUCGGUGACUGUUGCCGCUCUGGAUAUCAGGUGUGUGGAGGAGCCUGAUGACCUGGCCUUACUACAGAAUCCCUGUCAUACCCCCCUGCCUCUGCCACCCCAUGACACUGACAUAGACACCCACAGUGACACCCACAGUGACACUCACAUGGACACUCACAUGGACACCCACAUGGACACUUACAUGGACACCCACAUGGACACCCACAUGGACACCCACAUGGACACUCACAUGGACACCCACAUGGACACUCACAUGGACACCCACAUGGACAUUGCAGAUGUACAGGAGGAGAGCAGCUAUUACAUGCGUCAUUAACAAUGCUUUUUUUCCCCUCCAUGAAACUGUUUCUGUAUGAAUGGGCUUGAACUACAAAAUGCAGCAAUUGGGGUGGAAUGGUACAAAAAUCAUGGUCCAGUACAUCCCUCAGUUUUGAGGUAAAAGUUCGGUUAAUUUUCGGUACAGUAUGGGAACAGAAUGCAAAACCAUUUGCUUGUUGUUUAUUUGUGUGUUUAUUAAACCAACAAUUUGCUUUAACAUUAUACAAAUUGGAAAAUAAAAUAAAUGUUAAGUGCUGCUUGGUAAUAUUAAUAUGUUAAAUAAAAUAUUCUCAAAUAAGCAACAAAUGUAUGAAAUAUUUAAAAAAAUAAAUUCCUUGCAAACAGUAAACUAAACUUUUUUUUUUAAAUAAAGCGCAACACAACAGUUUCAGGAUGAAGUUUUACUCAAUCUUCAUAUUUUUGGCCAGAAAAAAACAACUUGUCCACAUUGUCUGCAGUAAGUGCAGAUCUGCUGCACUUACAACAUCCCCAGCGACUGAAAAUACCCUUUCGCUAGAGACAGAGGUGGCGGGUAUGGGGGGGUAUGAAGUGGGUUGAAGGACGGGGGGUUCACAUGGUUCGGAGGGAUGUAGUCAAGGUGGAGGGCAAUUGUUGUCAAGGUGGGUGGACUAACAAUAAAGCGCUGUGGGAAACACUGCCACUCCAAUCACGGAUGAGUUCCUCGUGAAUAUUAAAGAGCCGAGCUUUCCGUAUAGCUGCACAUGUAGUGGCUCAAUGUAAAGACACACAGAUUGCAUGAACUCAUUCGUGCACAGCCCUGCACUGAACUCAACGGUUCGGGAUAAAUACAUGUACCGUUACACCCCCAGCAGCAAUAUUGUUCAAAAUUUGCUUUCAUUUGUAAUGACACUGCCUAAUGAUUAUUUCCGUUGUGUUCUCCCAAGUCCAGCCAGGCAUCGAAAGUUAUUAGGAAAUAGCUUGUGGGAGUAGCCUACCUCAAUUGUUCUUUUUGGUACUACCACCUAAAAAUACCCAACCUUUUUUCUGGAACUAAAUGCUAAAUCAACAGUUUUUUGUUUGUUUUUUGCUACUACAUUGUAUUUAGGAUGUUUUAAUAGCACUGUUUCCCCAAUUUUUACAGCAAACUAGGUAAAUCUGUAACUUUGUGUUAAAAAAACAGGCAAAAACUGAGCUGUGCUGCCUCCAGUGGCCAAUGCUGGCUGUUCAACCCUCUGAUGCCACAAUAAUUUUGGUCACAAUUGUACCCUUCAUGACACAAACAGUUCCUGCUACAUAAAAGUGUUAUGAAAUAGAACUAAACUGGAUGAAGUGGAUAAUUUGAGUUGAUUUUACUUACUGUAUGUCGAUAAUUUAUAACAUUGAUUUUGGGGCAUUAUUGAAUGAUGACUUAAGCCUUUUCUUGUCAGAACCAUGUGAUUAUUAUGUUAUUGGCCUCUACUGUGUUGUAUAUAUGCUGAAUGACAAGACCUGCCGUGUAUAUAUAGAUAUGUAUAUAGAACACCAGUUUUACUCCACAGCCUGGUGACUCAUUAUGUAUUCAGAUACCCUUGAAACAGCCAUAUUCUGAGCACUCAAAAAGCAGGACAAUACAUAAUUACUGAAUCAUGGAUGAAUCAAUCAGAAUACAUAGCUCAUAAAAGUUGAUAUUACAUAAAGUUUAUCCUUGGUCACAGUCGUAUCCUUCAUGACACCAACAGUUUUCGAUAUAUAAAAGUGCUAUAAAAUAAAACUGAAUGAAGUGGAUUAUUUCAGUUAAUGUUAUUAGACCCUUACAUAUGUCAAUAAUUUAUAACAAUAUUGAUUUUGGUGCAUUAUUGUGUUUUGCACAAGCAGCAGAUUCAUUCUUAUCCCAUUGGUAUUUACCAUGGCUUAGUGCAACCUGCCACUCAACAUGUUAAAAACAUGUGAAUUUAAACAAAUCAUUUUGUGAAUUGAUUUUAGAAUGAAUGAGUUCCACUUUGAACAGGCCAUGACACGGUGUUGGAGGGUUACAGGGUUACAGGGAGAUCAUCACAGGGCCUAUCAUGAUUUAGAUGUUGUGGGGAAUAAUGUCAUUUUGUGACUUUUCUAACAUAUUUGUUUGUUGUUCAUAUUCCAAAUCAAAAUUGUUUUUGGUUUGGAAUAUAUAUUUUGAAAUCAAGAUUCAGUUGUCUGCAGUACAAAAUUUUUACUUGUAAUGGGAUUCACAUUUGAGAAAAGACUGAACAGGAAUUGCUAAAUGAAUACAAUAUAUACCGUAAAAUAAAUACUUUUCAUAUUCUUUUCUAAACACUAAUUUUAAGUUCAUUAGAUGUUUUAUUAAAUACAGACAGUUUGUCUUUUACCUACGCAAUAUGAUAGAAUAUACUGCGUUCUGGCUAAAAGGAGUGGCCUCAGGACGGCCCUGUCUGUGAGAGCCAUUUCACACUGAUGUUAUGGUUCAACAUGACCAACAGUUUGAUAUUUCAAGUUUUUGUCCUGAUCACUGUCACAGAGCCUCUCUGCUGCUGAGAUCCAUGUGCACAGUAACACUUGUGGGUUUGCAUAUAUGUCCUGCCCAGAAUCCCACCUCUACCAAUGGUCUUAAGCCACAAAAACAUUUUUACAAAAAGAAUAUAAAGAUAAAAGGUCUUGGAGGACUGGCUGAAUGUAAACUGAGAGGACAGGAGCAGAGACAGGCUGGUUUUGACUAAGUCCACACAGACAAAGCCUCCUGCAGAAGUUUAACUGUGGACCAUUUUGAUAUUCUGAUAGUCUACUUCACACAAAAAUAUUGGAUUUUGAGAUUAUAAUUGGAUAUCAUGUAUAAAAAAUAUAAUAGAGUGUGCAAAAUGUACAAAUGGUCCCCAAGGAUUAAUCACACUUUCACAUUAUUGAAGACAGUAGGAGGAAAACAUAAGAGUUUGCUUCUUAUCAGCUUACCAAGAGACAGGCUUGUUUUUUGUUUACUGUUGAAGGCUGUACCAAGUGGUGAAGUUUCUUGCAUAUUUGCAUAUUAAACAUUGAAUUUAUAUAUUUGUUUGAUUAUUAUACAUUGUGUUAAUGUUUAACCACUGAAAUCUUAUGUAUGUUUAAAGGUACCACUAUGUGAAACAUGUAUGCUUUUAACGUAAUCUUUUGCAGAUAUAGGUUGUGUCCUUUUAAGGAAAUUCAUUGUAAAGCAGCAGCAGUGGAGAUGGUUCAGCCUGGUGCGAAUCCAAACAAACUGGCUGUGAUUUACAUUUGGCUGCCGUCAUCCCCCCACCCUGGAAGGAAUGCAGAGAAACUCCAAGGAAGAUUCAAGGUGUUAUCUGUUCAACAUAUUAUUUGCAUAUUCAUAUGGAUGUCUAUAAAAUCUGGGUUGAGGUAUUCAGAGGAGUUUAGAUUUGCCUGAUUUAAGACCUGAGUAGCCGUAGGCAGUCAGAGGUAGUGAUCUGACCCAGAGCUCUGUAUUAUAAUUCUAUUGAAUAGUGAAUAAAUAAUUUUUGCUUUUAA